AUGGCUUUUGAAGGACCCUUCACGAAUUCGACCCGCUUCCACCUCUACUCCCAGCUGCCAGUAUUCUCUACUCAAACUGCGAUCUUCCGCAUACUCGCCUCCUCCUCUCGUCUUCAUCUGCCAAACCGUCCAAUUCCCUUCUUCGUCGUCGGAUCCGACGGCGGAGAUGGACCAACAGCGGAGGAGUUCACCGAGGAGCUCCUGUUGAGGCCGCUGCCUGAUCGAAAGCUGCUCGCUCAUUUCCACUUCGAGAGCAGGGCUCCGCCCUCUAUUUCCAACGGCCGACAUCAUCAUCUCUUCCCAAAAGCAAUCGCUCAGUUGGUCCAGAAAUUCCAUAUUAGGGAACUGGAGUUGUCCUUCACACAGGGACGCUGGAACUACGAGAGUUGGGGCGGAUCUGAUCCCAUGUCCAGCACCAAUGCCAAGCCCCCUGGUGUUGAGCUGUGGGCUCUUUUUGACCUCCCAAUUGAUGAAAUUGAUGUUACCUGGAAAAAUCUUACUCAUUCUCUCUCAGGUCUCUUCUGUUCUUCAAUCAAUUUUCUUGAGUCUUCAACUGCCUAUUCUGCUCCUGAUUGGGGAUUCUUCUCAAAUUCAAGCAACCUCAGAUAUGGUGCAUUGCCCCGUGAAGCUGUUUGUACUGAGAAUCUAACUCCAUGGUUAAAGCUUCUACCUUGUAGAGAUAAAGCUGGUAUAGCUUCUCUUCUAGAUAGACCUUCAAUUUAUAAAGGAUACUACCAUUCUCAAAGAUUGCAUUUGAUCUCAUCUACAUUGACUGGUAUUAUUCUAAAACAAAGUUUAACUAUUGUUCUUCAGCCUAGUGUUGGAAGGAGUAAAGGUUCCCUUCAGCCAAGCUGGUCUAUUAGUUCAGUGUUCAGACUGAAAGCAGGCCAGAAUAGUUUCUUGGAACUGGAGAGGGGUUUAACUGCUGAACUAGAGAAGCUUGGAUCUGUAGAGUAUUCAAGCAAUCAGUUUUUUGAGUUGUCAUGUACUCCAGACAAGGUGAUAAAAGAGUCAAAUGCAUUACAAGGACAAAGUACUAGUUCUACUCUCUAUGAAUUCAGGGUAUCAAACUCCAAUGAAAACGAGCCUAUGAAUGUAGGAAUUACAUGGAAGCUUCCAUUGACAUGGUCUUGUGCGAAACCACCUUUCUAUGCAAACAGGUUUCUAAUGGGCAGUGGGUAUGAGAGAGGAUCUAUUGCUAUCUCCUUGCAAUCUAGUCACUCGCAUGAAUGGCAUUUGGAUCAGUUUAAUGGGUGUAAAGUGGAGGCUGUAGUCUUCCAGGUUGUUCCAUGGUAUGUUAAGGUUUAUUACCACACACUUAAAAUUUUUAUAGACGGAAAACCUCAGAUUGUUUCAGAUGUGGUUGAGAAUAUGCGAAUCUCCCCUUCAGAAGACAAGGUAUCACCUGGGAUGUUGGAGUUGAUGCUUAGAUUUCCUUGCAAUAUGCAGUCAGCUUCAUUGGUUCUAGAUUUUGAUAAGGGAUUCUUGCACAUCGACGAGUACCCUCCAGAUGCUAAUCAGGGGUUUGACAUUUCAUCAGCUCUAAUAAGUUUUCCCAACUUCUAUUCAAACAGAACCUAUCUUAUAGAUGAUUCGUUAACUCAGUCUCCUCUGCUACUUGAAUUUCAGGAAGAAAAUAUUGUGCAGUCAUAUACGGAAGUAUUGUUAGUCCCACUGACUACUCCAGAUUUUAGCAUGCCUUAUAAUGUCAUUACCUUCACAUGUACUGUGUUAGCAUUAUAUUUUGGAUCAUUGCUGAAUGUCUUACGAAGAAGAGUCGGUGAAGAGGAGAGGUUAUUAAAAUGCCAAGUCGAGAAAACUGCGCUCCUUCCACUACUCUUAUCCCGGUUAGUUUCCAAGUUCAAGAGACAAAAUAGAGAACUGUCUCAGUCAUCAUCACCAUCAUCAUCGCCUUCACGAGGACACAAGCUAAUUUUGAAAGCUAUACUUGUAGCCGUUGCAGCCAUAGUAUAUUUUUAUUUGUUAAACGAUGAAUGAAGCCAUACUGCUGAAGUAUCUGUAAGCUAAAUUCAAUACAAAUUUUGUAAUGUAUGAGUAGUCUAGUUUUGAUCCAUUUACAUGUUCUUUUCGUUUAUUCUUUAUUUUUCCUACUAAUAUGUUGAUUUUUAUCUUGGAGAUUAGUUUGGUUGUUUUGGCAUUGACAGUAAAUGGGUUGUGAGAAAGGGGGGUUUUGCUUCUUUA